UAUCGCAUUUAGUUCCCCCCCUCUCUCUCUAUGUCUCUCUACCUAGCUCUGUCUAUCUCCGAGGAGGAUGAGGAGGAGGAGGGUACUUUCUCCCCGGCAGAGCUGGCUGAGUCCCUGUCGUCUUUAAAACCGCAUCAAGUGAUGGUGAUUGGUUCCGUGGUGUUGAACCAGAUAGUGGUGGGACUUGCGGUGUCCUACCUGAGCGUCCUGAUGUGUGGCAUCGGUGUCCUGAUGGCGUGGCGUGGCUUCUCUCCCCUCCGCCAACUGCCCACCUUCCACUGGGUGUGCGCCGAGUUGGCGCUCCACAUAACUCUCACAGAGUUUUGCACAGCCGCUUGUUUUAUAAGCACAUUCACAAGCAGCACCACGAGUGGACGGCUCCAAUCUCAGUUACCGCCAUCUACUGUCAUCCCAUCGAGCACACAUUCAGCAAUCUUUUGCCGCCCUUCCUCGGGGUAAGCUCCAGCAUAGAUAAACGACAUGGUGUUUUGUAUCAAGUUUAGAUGAUACUGUAUCAUGUGUGGUGAUACUGUAUCCAAAAUGUGGUGAUACCUUAGAGAA